CAACCAGAAGUUAGGGAUUCGUCCUCAAACAGAGUGCGGCUCUGCCUGUGGACCAUGAACCAUUAUGUGCGCUCUUUCUUUUUGUUAGGGACCCUAGCCUUGCCAGAGACCCGGGCCGGCUCUCACUCCCUGAAGUAUUUCUCCGCCGCCGUGUCCCGGCCCGAGGUGGCGGAGCCACGGUUCUUCUCCGUGGGCUACGUGGACGAUCGGCAGUUUGCGCGCUUCGACAGCGAGAGCCAGAGGGAGGAACCGCGGGCGCCAUGGAUGGACCAGAUACAUCAGGUGGACCCGGACUACUGGGAGCGGAACACGAGAUUCCACAAAGCGGCGGCCCAGACUUUCCUAGUUCGACUGCAGACCCUGAGCAGCUACAAGAACCAGAGCGACGGUGGGGUCCACACCUUCCAGCACCUUUGCGGCUGUGAGGUCUCACCCGAGCUCACCUUUAAGCGCGGGUUUUACCAAUUCGCUUACGACGGCCACGACUUCCUCGCCCUGGACACGGAGACCUACACGUGGACGGCGUCGGUGCCCCAGGCUCUGAACUUCAAGCUUGAGUUGGAAGCCGACAGCAGCAUCGCAGAAGAACGGAAAGCCUAUCUAGAGGAAACGUGUGUGCAGUGGGUGCAAAAGUACCUGGAAAUCGGGAAAGAGUCUUUGCAGAGGACAGACCCGCCCUCUGUCCAAGUGACCCGCUACACAGACCCCGAUGGGGAGGUGACCCUGCGGUGCCGGGCCCAGGACUUCUACCCCGCGGACAUCUCCCUGACUUGGCUGAGGGAUGGGGAGGAACAGCUCCAGGACACAGAGUUCAUUGAGACCAGGCCUGCAGGAGACGGGACCUUCCAGAAGUGGGCAGCUGUGGGUGUGACCUCGGGCCAGGAGGGGAAAUAUACCUGCCGAGUUCAGCACGAGGGACUGUCUGAGCCCCUCACCCUGAAGUGGGAGCCAGAGUCCUCCUCCACCAUGGUCAUUGUGGGGGUCAUUGUGGUCCUCAUCGUCAUCACUGCAGUCAUUGCUGGAGUUGUGAUCUGGAGGAAGAAGAAUUCAGGUGGAAGUAGCCUGGAGGACCUGCGUGGGGUUCAGGCUGCAGCUUGAGAGAAUUGCCUUGUGUGGGCCUGAGAAAGAAAACAAGUCUCCAGUCCUUGUGCUGUUCCUGUGAACCUCUAGCUUCUCUCCCCAGCACUGGCCCCUGGGAUCCUCCCUGGACUCUACUAGCCCAAGCCCAGGGAAGCAUCAUUAGGUCCUCACUCUGUUCUCUAAGGCUUCCCUCUCCCUCCUUCUUUCUUUCUGCCUGUCUCACUCUGCAGAGACAACCAGCAGUGAGGGCCAGAGGGCUUAGGGAGUGAGCCCUCCUUCACACAUGAUGUUGCCCUAUGGGAUCUUUGUCUGACUGCAAAAAUAGCCCAAUGAAUUAUUGUUCUUGAGUCCUCAGCUUUUCUCCACAGUCUACAUUUGAGUGGGGAACUUUAGGGGACAGGAUGACAGUGUGGAGAUGUUCUGGCCGUAUGAAGGGGAAAUAAAAGAAAGUUUGAAGACGUCUGA